AUACACUACUGCUCAUUUGGCGAUCGGAGCCAGCGCAACGGUUUAUAGGACCACACCAGUGACAAGGCUCAGCACAUAGAAUCAAAAGUAAAGGAGAUUUUUUUUCAAGAAAAGGAAAGUUUAAAAAAUGCAAGUGCUCGCUGGCAAGAAACGCGUGUGAAGUUUUUCAAAACUGUCCGGCAUCAUGAGCCGAAUGUCGUGCUUCGGUGUUCUUCUCAGGGCGUCUAUUGUCCUAUAUCUGUUUCUCAAAUGCUCAGAAGCUCAAUGCACUCCCUGUACUAAUUUCAAAGGUGUUGUAACACACAUAGACAGUACUGCUCAGGUAGAUUCCAACUGCAGCUUGAGCACUGGCAAUGCCUCAGUUCCCUCCAACUUAACUACAGUCAAUGUCCUGAAUAAAAACCAAAACUUCAACUGCUGCUGCACAACAAUGCCUGAAGUCAUCAUGAACCUUACAGCCUCUGAAAUCACAACAUCAUCUGUGUUUCUGAGCUGGACUGAACCAUUCGGAAACAGAUCCUUCUUCAGAGUAGAAUGGACUGAUGGCAAAACCAAUGGCAGUCAGAAUACCCCAGAAACCUCUUUUAAUGUUACUGCUCUCACUCCUGGAGUGCAGUACCUCUUCACAGUCACUGCAGUGGCUGGAGAUAACACAACUGUAGGACAGAGCAAGACAGUUUCUAAGUAUACAAAGCCCGCAAUCAUCAGAAACCUCAUGUCCAUUGAAAUCACAACAGCAUCUGUGUUUCUGAGCUGGACUGAACCAUUCGGAAACAGAUCCUUCUUCAGAAUUGAAUGGACUGAUGGCAAAACCAAUGGCAGUCAGAAUACCCCAGAAACCUCUUUUAAUGUUACUGCUCUCACUCCUGGAGUGCAGUACCUCUUCACAGUCACUGCAGUGGCUGGAGAUAACACAACUGUAGGACAGAGCAAGACAGUUUCUAAGUAUACAAAGCCCGCAAUCAUCAGAAACCUCAUGUCCAUUGAAAUCACAACAGCAUCUGUGUUUCUGAGCUGGACUGAACCAUUCGGAAACAGAUCCUUCUUCAGAAUUGAAUGGACUGAUGGCAAAACCAAUGGCAGUCAGAAUACCCCAGAAACCUCUUUUAAUGUUACUGCUCUCACUCCUGGAGUGCAGUACCUCUUCACAGUCACUGCAGUGGCUGGAGAUAACACAACUGUAGGACAGAGCAAGACAGUUUCUAAGUAUACAAAGCCCGCAAUCAUCAGAAACCUCAUGUCCAUUGAAAUCACAACAGCAUCUGUGUUUCUGAGCUGGACUGAACCAUUCGGAAACAGAUCCUUCUUCAGAAUUGAAUGGACUGAUGGCAAAACCAAUGGCAGUCAGAAUACCCCAGAAACCUCUUUUAAUGUUACUGCUCUCACUCCUGGAGUGCAGUACCUCUUCACAGUCACUGCAGUGGCUGGAGAUAACACAACUGUAGGACAGAGCAAGACAGUUUCUAAGUAUACAAAGCCUGCAGUCAUCAGGAACCUGACUGUCACUGAAAUCACAACAGCAUCUGUGUCUCUGAGCUGGAUUGAACCAUUGGGAAACAGCUCCUUCUAUAGAGUAGAGUGGACUGAUGGCAGUAGAGAUAUGAAUACAACUACCAAUGUGACAGCCUUUAAUGUAACUGAGCUGACUGCUGGAGUGAAAUACACAUUCAAGGUCACUGCAGUGGCUGGUGAUAAUAUAACUAAAGGAAAAGCUCAGGAGAAAGCACUCUUUACAAAACCUGAAGUCAUCAGGAACCUUAGUGUCUCUGAAAUCACAACAUCAUCUGUGUCUCUGAGCUGGAUUGAACCAUUGGGAAACAGAUCCUUCUAUAGAGUAGAAUGGACUGAUGGCAGUAGAGAUAUGAAUACAACUACCAUUGAGACAGCCUUUAAUGUAACUGAGCUGACUGCUGGAGUGAAGUACACAUUCAGGGUCACUGCAGUGGCUGGAGAUGAGAUGACUGAAGGCAAAAAUAUCAGUGUUUCACUCUUUACAAAGCCUGCAGUCAUCAGGAACCUGACUGUCACUGAAAUCACAACAGCAUCUGUGUCUCUGAGCUGGAUUGAACCAUUGGGAAACAGCUCCUUCUAUAGAGUAGAGUGGACUGAUGGCAGUAGAGAUAUGAAUACAACUACCAAUGUGACAGCCUUUAAUGUAACUGAGCUGACUGCUGGAGUGAAAUACACAUUCAAGGUCACUGCAGUGGCUGGUGAUAAUAUAACUAAAGGAAAAGCUCAGGAGAAAGCACUCUUUACAAAACCUGAAGUCAUCAGGAACCUUAGUGUCUCUGAAAUCACAACAUCAUCUGUGUCUCUGAGCUGGAUUGAACCAUUGGGAAACAGAUCCUUCUAUAGAGUAGAAUGGACUGAUGGCAGUAGAGAUAUGAAUACAACUACCAUUGAGACAGCCUUUAAUGUAACUGAGCUGACUGCUGGAGUGAAGUACACAUUCAGGGUCACUGCAGUGGCUGGAGAUGAGAUGACUGAAGGCAAAAAUAUCAGUGUUUCACUCUUUACAAAGCCUGCAGUCAUCAGGAACCUGACUGUCACUGAAAUCACAACAGCAUCUGUGUCUCUGAGCUGGAUUGAACCAUUGGGAAACAGCUCCUUCUAUAGAGUAGAGUGGACUGAUGGCAGUAGAGAUAUGAAUACAACUACCAAUGUGACAGCCUUUAAUGUAACUGAGCUGACUGCUGGAGUGAAAUACACAUUCAAGGUCACUGCAGUGGCUGGUGAUAAUAUAACUAAAGGAAAAGCUCAGGAGAAAGCACUCUUUACAAAACCUGAAGUCAUCAGGAACCUUAGUGUCUCUGAAAUCACAACAUCAUCUGUGUCUCUGAGCUGGAUUGAACCAUUGGGAAACAGAUCCUUCUAUAGAGUAGAAUGGACUGAUGGCAGUAGAGAUAUGAAUACAACUACCAUUGAGACAGCCUUUAAUGUAACUGAGCUGACUGCUGGAGUGAAGUACACAUUCAGGGUCACUGCAGUGGCUGGAGAUGAGAUGACUGAAGGCAAAAAUAUCAGUGUUUCACUCUUUACAAAGCCUGCAGUCAUCAGGAACCUGACUGUCACUGAAAUCACAACAGCAUCUGUGUCUCUGAGCUGGAUUGAACCAUUGGGAAACAGCUCCUUCUAUAGAGUAGAGUGGACUGAUGGCAGUAGAGAUAUGAAUACAACUACCAAUGUGACAGCCUUUAAUGUAACUGAGCUGACUGCUGGAGUGAAAUACACAUUCAAGGUCACUGCAGUGGCUGGUGAUAAUAUAACUAAAGGAAAAGCUCAGGAGAAAGCACUCUUUACAAAACCUGAAGUCAUCAGGAACCUUAGUGUCUCUGAAAUCACAACAUCAUCUGUGUCUCUGAGCUGGAUUGAACCAUUGGGAAACAGAUCCUUCUAUAGAGUAGAAUGGACUGAUGGCAGUAGAGAUAUGAAUACAACUACCAUUGAGACAGCCUUUAAUGUAACUGAGCUGACUGCUGGAGUGAAGUACACAUUCAGGGUCACUGCAGUGGCUGGAGAUGAGAUGACUGAAGGCAAAAAUAUCAGUGUUUCACUCUUUACAAAGCCUGCAGUCAUCAGGAACCUGACUGUCACUGAAAUCACAACAGCAUCUGUGUCUCUGAGCUGGAUUGAACCAUUGGGAAACAGCUCCUUCUAUAGAGUAGAGUGGACUGAUGGCAGUAGAGAUAUGAAUACAACUACCAAUGUGACAGCCUUUAAUGUAACUGAGCUGACUGCUGGAGUGAAAUACACAUUCAAGGUCACUGCAGUGGCUGGUGAUAAUAUAACUAAAGGAAAAGCUCAGGAGAAAGCACUCUUUACAAAACCUGAAGUCAUCAGGAACCUUAGUGUCUCUGAAAUCACAACAUCAUCUGUGUCUCUGAGCUGGAUUGAACCAUUGGGAAACAGAUCCUUCUAUAGAGUAGAAUGGACUGAUGGCAGUAGAGAUAUGAAUACAACUACCAUUGAGACAGCCUUUAAUGUAACUGAGCUGACUGCUGGAGUGAAGUACACAUUCAGGGUCACUGCAGUGGCUGGAGAUGAGAUGACUGAAGGCAAAAAUAUCAGUGUUUCACUCUUUACAAAGCCUGCAGUCAUCAGGAACCUGACUGUCACUGAAAUCACAACAGCAUCUGUGUCUCUGAGCUGGAUUGAACCAUUGGGAAACAGCUCCUUCUAUAGAGUAGAGUGGACUGAUGGCAGUAGAGAUAUGAAUACAACUACCAAUGUGACAGCCUUUAAUGUAACUGAGCUGACUGCUGGAGUGAAAUACACAUUCAAGGUCACUGCAGUGGCUGGUGAUAAUAUAACUAAAGGAAAAGCUCAGGAGAAAGCACUCUUUACAAAACCUGAAGUCAUCAGGAACCUUAGUGUCUCUGAAAUCACAACAUCAUCUGUGUCUCUGAGCUGGAUUGAACCAUUGGGAAACAGAUCCUUCUAUAGAGUAGAAUGGACUGAUGGCAGUAGAGAUAUGAAUACAACUACCAUUGAGACAGCCUUUAAUGUAACUGAGCUGACUGCUGGAGUGAAGUACACAUUCAGGGUCACUGCAGUGGCUGGAGAUGAGAUGACUGAAGGCAAAAAUAUCAGUGUUUCACUCUUUACAAAGCCUGCAGUCAUCAGGAACCUGACUGUCACUGAAAUCACAACAGCAUCUGUGUCUCUGAGCUGGAUUGAACCAUUGGGAAACAGCUCCUUCUAUAGAGUAGAGUGGACUGAUGGCAGUAGAGAUAUGAAUACAACUACCAAUGUGACAGCCUUUAAUGUAACUGAGCUGACUGCUGGAGUGAAAUACACAUUCAAGGUCACUGCAGUGGCUGGUGAUAAUAUAACUACAGGAAAAGCUCAGGAGAAAGCACUCUUUACAAAACCUGAAGUCAUCAGGAACCUUAGUGUCUCUGAAAUCACAACAUCAUCUGUGUCUCUGAGCUGGAUUGAACCAUUGGGAAACAGAUCCUUCUAUAGAGUAGAAUGGACUGAUGGCAGUAGAGAUAUGAAUACAACUACCAUUGAGACAGCCUUUAAUGUAACUGAGCUGACUGCUGGAGUGAAGUACACAUUCAGGGUCACUGCAGUGGCUGGAGAUGAGAUGACUGAAGGCAAAAAUAUCAGUGUUUCACUCUUUACAAAGCCUGCAGUCAUCAGGAACCUGACUGUCACUGAAAUCACAACAUCAUCUGUGUCUCUGAGCUGGACUGAACCAUUCGGAAACAGAUCCUUCUUCAGAGUAGAAUGGACUGAUGGCAUUACCAAUGGCAGUCAGAAUACCCCAGAAACCUCUUUUAAUGUUACUGCUCUCACUCCUGGAGUGCAGUACCUCUUCACAGUCACUGCAGUGGCUGGAGAUAACACAACUGUAGGACAGAGCAAGACAGUUUCUAAGUAUACAAAGCCUGCAGUUGUCCGCAACCUUUAUGUCUCUGAAAUCACAACAUCAUCUGUGUCUCUGAACUGGACUCAACCAGAGGGAAACAGCUUCUUCUAUAGAGUAAAGUGGAUUGGUGCCAAUAUUAGUCAGAAUGUCCCAAAAACCUUCACUACCAUUACUGGGCUGACUGCUGGAAUGCAGUACAUCUUCACAGUCUCUGCAGUGGCUGGAGAUAACACAACUGUAGGAGAAGAGAGUCAAAUAAUCACUUUAACAAAGCCUGCACAACCUGUGGACAUUGUGGCUACGAGACGAGGAACCAGUCAGCUGAAUGUGACAUGGACCUUGCAUAACGGGACUGUGGAAUACUACAGCGUGAACAUAUUUAAUGCUGCUUUGAACUAUACAUCCAGCAAUACCACACAGACCAGGGAGGCCAGCUUCACUGGGUUACAGCCUGGGAGGGUUUAUGAAGUCACAGUGACUGCUGUAGCUGGAGACUUUAGGAACCAGUCUGCUCAGGUCCAGUUAGCCACCAAUCCCAACCCACCUGGACCCCUCACCAUCACAGAGAGGACAACCAGCUCCCUCGUUGUCCAAUGGACAACCCCGGGUCUAAUGAUUGGAGCGCAAGGCAUCUCCUAUAACAUCAGCUACCAGCUUAAUGGGACUGGUUUAGGAGAGAGAAACCUGUCUUCCUCUACCACUAGUCUCAGCAGUAACCUGACCUCUCUGUCCUCUGGGACUUGCUACACCAUCACAGUGAAAACCAUGGGACCUCAGAAUCUAGAAAGCACCAGUGUUUAUGCAUCGGAAUGUACCUUACCCAAACCAGUGGUGAACCUCACAGCCACCCCGUUGUCCAACUCCUCAUGUAAGCUACAGUGGACUGACCCUGUGGAGGUUAAGAACUACUACACCUAUAGAGUCCAGUACAUAAAGGCUACAGGCCCUGUACCGAAAACAGUCAGUACCAACUUCACACAAGUCAAUGACCUAGAACCUGGGACUGGCUACAACUUCACUGUUACCACGGUAGCAGCAACGGGAAGCGAAGGAUCUCCAGAACGCACAUUCUGUAACACUAAGCCCAACGUGGUCAGUAACCUCACGUUCGAGGGUCUGAACACAACCACUAUCAGACUUUCCUGGCUCAAGCCAAAUGACCACAAACCAACCUACUCCUAUCUGGUGACCAUCUCCAAGAAUGGUUCUGUGGUAGAGAUCUCAACCAUGGUCGAGAUGUACACCUUCACCAAUCUCACUCCUGGGAACUGUUAUAACUGCUCUGUGGUCACGGUCGUCCAGGAUGUUAAGUCUGAUUCAACGGAGACGAUAAUCUGCACAAAACCUGCGGUGGUGAAAAACCUCAUUGCCAUAGGAACAACAACCAACAUGAGUGUGACCUGGUAUAGACCUAUGGGACAGGUGGACAACUACACCGUUACUAUCUACAAAAACAAUGUGAUGGAAGACAACCGUACCAUCACCAACAACUAUCUAUCAGUUGUGUUCCAGAACCUGAAGCCAGGGAAAGUCUAUGUUGUCAAAGUGGCCACCAAUAGUGGACCACUCACUGAGGCACUAAAUGUUACAAAUGCAACGUAUCCCAACCCUCCUGGAGGCAUCAUGGUGGUGGACCAGACUACUGGUUCCAUCAACAUCAGCUGGGCCCGACCCCUGGACAUGGACCUAGGUCAGUACAGCUUCUCUGUGUUCCAUCUGGACCGGCAGAACCUGACGGAACACAACUGGACCCUCCUGAAGAACCUCCAGUCUGGAACACUCUACAACAUCUCUGUGGUAACUGUAGGGCCGUUUGACUACCAGAGCACAGUGGUGACGACGGCCAACUCUACCAGGCCCCAGUCUGUGAUCAGACUGAUUGAGGCAGGAAUCACAACCACCAAUGUGACUCUAGUCUGGUUUCAACCAGAGAGCAAACCAGGCUACACCUUCAGAGUGGAGAUCACCAACCAGUCUGUCACCACCAACACCACCAUGAAAACCAUCACCGGGGUACAGUCUGGGAGCAACUACACCACCAACAUCACCAUCACUGGGCUACAGUCUGGGAGCAACUACACCUUUACAGUGACAACACUCACAGGGGACGGCACCAUGGCAACCCCGGUGACGGUGUCUUAUUUUACAAGACCAUUCGCCGUUAGUGGUUUGGUAGCCUCUACAGUAAACACAACCACUGUGAAUCUGACCUGGACCAAACCACCUCAGUACCAGAGUGGUUACACAUACCGUAUCCAGACUGAGGGGUGCAUGUCCGCUCCCACAAACCGCACCACGGAGACAGGAGAGGGGGACCUCAUCUCAGAACUCACACCAGGAACCAGAUGCACCUUCAGUGUUUCCGUCAAGGCACUGAACAGCAUAGAGGGAGAAUCCGUCUCAACCUCUCAGUACACAAAGCCCGAGUCUGUCAAUAUGUUCAUCUACAACAAUGGUAGCAACAGUACCAUAGUGGUGCGCUGGGAAGCGCCCAGAGGAAACGUAGAGCAUUAUAUCGUCUAUCUGAACAAGGUCCUUUUCUCAGAUUUGCUGAACUCCAGCAUUCGGUCAACAUCCUUCCUUAACCUGUCAGCUGGCAGAAGCUACACAGCCGUGGUGACCACUAUCAGUGGGCCCUUCAACGCUUCAUCAGAACCUGGAACUACAGCAACUUAUCCCAACCAGCCUGGGCCCAUCCUGAUCUUGGAGAAGACCACUAGUUCUAUCUCUGUGGAGUGGGGUGAAGCUCCUCUGAUGACCAACACCACCUUCAGUUACCUAGUGACCUACCUUUCAACGCAACUAAAUAACAAGACGGUCACUCUGACAAACACAAGGCACACACUGCCCAGUCUGUCCUCUGGAACACCCUACAAUAUCUCUGUGGCUACAGUGGGAGUUCUAGGGCUCCAGAGUGAGAAGGUCUGGAGCAGUUUGGUCACGACCAGACCAGAGAGUGUGCAGUCCCUCAGUGUAGUGACAGCAGAGGAGAACAUAACAUUGACCUGGAACAAGCCUGUGGAUCACAAACCAAGCUACCACUACUAUGUGAUCUGGAUCAACUCUGGGUUAAUCAUCAGUAACACAACCACACUUAUGGAAGACCUAAUCAUCAAUCAAUUGGUUCCUGGUAGUCUGUAUAAUUUCACUGUGACAACAGAGACAGCUGAUGGAACAAAGGGAGCUCCAGUCUCAAACUCCAUCUGCACCAAUGCCAGCCCUGUGUUCAACCUGAAGUGUGACUCUCCUAAUGACCCCAAGGUGAUCCUGUCCUGGACCAAACCCAAAGGUCUGAACCAGGGCUUCCAGAUCACUGCUUAUGAAACCAACCAACCCCCCCAGGACCAGGCACACUAUAACACUAGUGGUGACUGUACGCCAGCCUGUGGCCACACAGUCUCUGACCUUAAGCACAAUACAGACUACACCCUGACUGUAACCACACUGGGCUGUGGGAGUUCCAGCACCAUCCAAAAACUCACCUGCAAGACUGGCGUUAAUGCUGUCAUCGGUGUGGCUGUCGGGGUAACGAUUGGAGUUUUUGCCAUCCUCUUCAUCAUCACCAUUGCCUUAGUCAUCCACUGGAGGAGACAAACCAAGAAAGACACUUCAGACAUCCAGAUUCACUCCAUGAGAGCUAAAGUAAGCGUGGCCGUGAGGGUGGAGGACUACGAGGCUUAUUACAAGAGGCAGAAAGCAGACUCCAACUGUGGUUUCGCAGAGGAGUUUGAGGACCUGAAGCCAGUGGGAACAGCCCAAGCUAAAACCAGUGCUAUGGCCAUGGAGAACAAGUCUAAGAACCGCUACAACAACGUGCUUCCCUAUGAAUCCUCUAGAGUGAAACUGUCCAUCCAUGGGAGUCCAUUCGACGACUACAUCAAUUCUAACUACAUCCCGGGUUACAACUCCAGGAAGGAGUUUAUUGCGGCCCAAGGUCCGUUGCCCGUCACCGUCAAUGAGUUCUGGAGGAUGAUCUGGGAGAAGAACGUCCAGACUCUGGUCAUGCUGACACGCUGUAAUGAACAGGGACGAGUGAAAUGUGAGAAAUACUGGCCAUCUGAGACCAAGCACUUUGAGAAUAUCACUGUGACAACAACCUCUGAGAUCCCCCUAGAAGACUGGACCAUCAGGGAUUUUGACGUAAAAAAUGUGAGGACAGCAGAGACACGCUCUGUACGUCACUUCCACUUCACAGCCUGGCCGGACCACGGCGUCCCCGAGACCACGGAGCUGCUCAUCAACUUCAGACACCUGGUCCGAGAGCACAUGGACCAGUACUCACGCCACUCCCCCACCGUCGUCCACUGCAGUGCGGGUGUGGGUCGUACAGGUACCUUCAUAGCCAUCGACAGGCUGAUCUUCCAGAUAGAGAGGGACAGUAUGGUGGACGUGUACGGCACCAUCCACGACCUGCGCAUGCACCGGCCCCUCAUGGUUCAGACCGAGGACCAGUAUUUGUUCCUAAACCAGUGUGCCAUAGACAUAAUCCGAUCCAGAACUGGAACCAACGUGGACUUAAUCUACCAGAACACGGCUGCACUCACCAUCUAUGAGAACGUAGAACCCAGGAAAGAUACAGCUAAGAAUGGCUACCAUAACACAUAGGCCUCACGUCCACUGCUCUGUCUCUCCCAUCCUCCCGUCUCAGUCAGACAGGCCUGUAGAGAAGGGUUUAGAAAAGGGAUUGUUCACUCUCACUGAUCAUGUUGCCUUACACUGUAGUCUUUUUUUUGUUGUUUAAAUCAAACUGGUUUUCUACUAUUUAUUUGGUCACGUUUUAUGAUAGUUGGAAAAAUAACAUGGAAGAUAACGGUUUGUUGAGAGGAACGGAUGCACAAAUUCCAUCCAAAGACCAAUAAUGGAAUGUACAUCAAAUUAUAUUUUAGAGAUGUAAUUCUUAUAUUUCCUUAUUUGUAUAUUGCUGCUACUUCUGAAUAUCUGCUUAGUCUCUUUUUAUGAUUGUAAUGCCAAUGUUGUAAGAACUGAUGUGUGGUUAAACUGAAUGUGCCAUACCUUUGUAAUCGAAAUCAAAGCUUUAUAUUUUGAUAUAAUAAUGUAAUGCAGAUGUAGAUUAUUGUUAAAUGAGACCAAUGUUAAGUUGAAAUGUAUCUCCAGCUUUAGGUAUAGGAUCAGCACCCAACAUAACUGCCCUAAAACAUGUCAUACGAAACAACCUCCCCUCUCUGUGCCCUCUCAAGUCUCCAAUAAGUGGUGUAAUACAUUUGUAUUUGUAUUUUUAAGGAUCCACAUUAGCUGCUGCCAAGGCAGAAACUACUCUUCCUGGGGCCCGGAAAAAUGAAGUCAGUUAUACCAUUUUUAAAACAUUACAAUACAUUCCUUUUUAUGUGACAGGAUAAGUACAAUGCACUGUUUUAGAGGAAACGAGAACUACUCCUGACAAUAGGCCAAUGAAUGUAUUAUUUAAUAUUAGAUGUUCAAAGUCAAAUGUUAACUUUUCACUCCAGAUCAUUUUGAUAUCUAAACAAGUUUAAAAUGAGGAUUUUCGUGGGAACUUUUGUGCUUCCUACACCCUGUCCUGCAUAAUGCACCGGAUGCAUUUAGGUUUUUACACUGUAGCUUUUUAAAUUCUCUUCUUGAUGUUUUAUUAUGGUUGGUGUAAAUAUUCUUAUGAUCAUGAGAAAUGAUUGCGAAACUGCUGUGAGAGCCUGUGGUCCUCCUCCGCUGUUAAAACCCACUUUGUGCAAUAGCAAAUUUCCAUUCACACGUCAGUCUGUAAACUCAGCUCCUCUCUCAGUAAUUCGGAGGUUACACAUUAUGAAUGUAGGAAUGUAGGAGACCUACUGUUUGUUGUUUCCCUAAUGUGUGUUCUAUAGAAAGUGGUGCAUGUAAUGCUGUGCAUACUGUCUAUCUGUGAUGCUUCUAUCAACAGUUUUCCCAUGAGGCGAUUUCCCCUUUUUCUAACUAUGUGGUUAUAUAUACUGUAUGCAUGGGCCCAGUUCAAAACCAACCUCUACUUCCUAAAGAACAGGAUUGGUUAAAUCAAUGAUGGUAUUCGUUCUGCCUAGCUAUCUACACAAGUGACCAUAAAGGCCUAAGGGCUAUGGAUAUAAGGGGUGUUUCUGGACAUAGGUCAUAGAUUUACGGCUGUGAUUGAUGUAAAGCCACUAUGCUGAUAUUGUUUUACUGUCUUUGUAUCACAAUGCACAUUGCUUAAGUUCUUCAAAGCACUUAUUUAUAUUGGUCAUAUUACUCAGUGGAGCUCAUAAGCAAAGCAGACUCCGCCAAUAGUCUUCCUCAAGAGUUUUAGGAUUUUUUUUACGAUGCUGUGUGAGAUACUAUGUGAUGCUUGCUGGUACAAUGCAAAUGAGGAAAAGGUUAAUAUUUUUGUAUCCUUCCAUUGGUCAAUACUGUGAUUAAACAUGUUACACUUUUCUCUCUA